AUGGCACCUCCAGCUCCAUCCCCGGCUUUGGACGAGUCGACUCCUCUUCUCAACCCUGAUCCUCAUCGAGGAUCCCCCAAGAAGCAACGUUGGCCAACAUGGAGUCCCGCCAACCGUGUUCUCUUGGCUGGUUUCCUGAUCACUCUUUCUUUCUCCUAUACUCAAGUCCCGAUAAUCUACAUCUUCCGCCAAAUGGUUUGCGAUGUGUACUAUAAUGAAGAGCAUCAUUCUCCGCAUCAGGAAAAGCAUGGAGGAAGAGACCGGUGCGACCGCAACGAGAUCGCCGCGCGCACCGCUGCCCAGCUGGCCAUCCUAGCGCUGAGCACGACCCUCUGCGGAACCUUUAACCUUUUCAUCUCGGCAUGGCAGUCCAAGACCCUGGGGCCGCGGGCUGCUCUGAUGAUCCAGGUCUUUAUUCCUGCCAUUCGGGUGGCUACCCAGAUCUUGGGUGUGAUCCUCGGCGGGCAAAAGGGCAUCAUUACUCUCCAGGUCACGCAGGUCAUCACCAUCUUUGGGGGGCCGGUGGGUUACAUACUUAUUGUGAAUACCAUCGCUAGCGAAGUGGUUGAGCCCAAGCAGCGGACAGCCGUCUUUGGUAAAUUGCAGGGCUGGAUUAUGCUCGGCCAAGCGAUCGGCUUUCUAGGUAGGUUCUACGGCUUCGAUUGGCACUCUGAUAAAUCUCUUUUGUUGACACAAUCACGUCCCGCCCCUGUUCUAGUCGGCGGCAUGCUGGGCGAUUCAUUUGGCAUCAGGCGGCCUUUCGAGACAGCAUUCGUAUCCUUCCUCAUAGCCACGGUUUAUGUUCGCCUGUCUAUCCCAUACCUACCACCAAGCGCCGAUGCAGCGGGCAAGAAGGCUCCAAGGGGUAUAAGAGGCUUCUUCGCGCCGCUCAAGGUAAUGACACCGCAAAAAGUACGCCUGGCAAACGGACAGGUCAAGAAACACUUCGGCGUGUUUUUCUUAUGCUGCGGCGUCUUCAUGGGGGUGCUAGCUACUGGUUAUGUCACAACACUCGUGCAACUAUACGCAACUAAUGCAUUCGGUUUCGAUCAAUCCGAUAACGGGCGAUUGACUUCGGCAAAUGCACUCAUCAGAGCUAUCUUCCUGACCUUCAUGUUCCCCAAAAUCAUCGAUUCGGGUAGGAAAUGGUUCAUCAAGGCCUCAGCUACUCAGCCAUCGGAGGUCGACACCCCGCCUCUUGAGCUGCCGACAGAGCCGAGAGUGUUCGAUGCUCCAACAGGGGUCCAAGGGGAGGAUCAGCCGCCAGAACCCAUGGCUCCUGCGCCUGUGGAAGACACGGCUGGAUGCGGUUUCGACCUGUAUUUCCUUCGCUGGAGCCUGCUUGUCGACGCUGUUGUCACAUCUGUUUCGGCGUAUGCGACCGAGGGUUGGCACAUGUACAUCGUGGCUUGCCUCCUACCAUUUGCUUCAGGAACCGCGCCCGCUGCCAAAGGUGUCAUCACGGAAAUGUGCCCGUCUUCUCAGCGUGCUGACGCGCUCGGAGCCAUCACAAUCGUCGAGAACAUCGCGCGCCUUUCGACUCUCAGUCUUUUUGGCUUUGUGUUCUCCGCUCUAUCUGAGAUUGGCCAGGCACAUCUCACCUUCUUCCUGAAUGCGGCCGUCGCUGUUCUCGCCAUGAUCGUAUUGCUGUUUUCUCAUUUUCCUCCGCCGAAUAGCAGACUUGUCGAAAAUGAAACGGACGAUGACCUUGGGCGCGACUGA